GCGGCCCGAGGCGCAUCGUUUCCUCGUGUCCCCUUGUUGGGCGUACCCACCACUUGUGCCCGGCCUGCCGGCCCAGCCCGCUGCAGUGAUGUGCGACAAGGAGUUCAUGUGGGCCCUGAAGAACGGAGACUUGGACGAGGUGAAGUACUAUGUGGCCAAGGGAGAAGAUGUCAACCGGACACUAGAAGGUGGAAGGAAGCCUCUUCAUUAUGCAGCAGAUUGUGGACAGCUGGAAAUACUGGAAUUUCUGCUGCUGAAAGGAGCAGAUAUUAAUGCUCCAGAUAAACAUCAUAUUACCCCUCUUCUGUCUGCUGUCUAUGAGGGUCAUGUUUCCUGUGUGAAAUUGCUUCUGUCAAAGGGUGCUGAUAAGACUGUGAAAGGCCCAGAUGGACUGACUGCCCUUGAAGCCACUGACAACCAGGCAAUCAAAGCUCUUCUCCAGUAAUGGAUGGAUGGACUGAUAACUUGAGAAGAAUGACUCUCCUGUGGCCUCACACUGCUGCCUGUCUGUCUGUCACUUUCUAUCUGCCAACUUCUUCAGCUAAAUACUUUAAGAGGGUGAGAGGAGAGAGAAAUUCAUAACAAAUCAGAUUACCAAGGGGGGAAAACAUGUCUUGGAGGAGCAGUGGGGAAUAUGAUCGGGCUUUUACUGGGAUUCCUGAUCAAACCAGCCUCUUUUCCAUUUCUAGUAAAAUAUACAGCUUAUACUCAAGGGAGAGCAAAAAUACAGUGUGUGGGGAUCAUUGGACCUUCUCAGCUCCCUAGCUAAUUUACUAAUUAGUGUGUUGAAGGUCUGAUCGUACAAGGCCAACUCUACUUAUUAGGCAGCCCUAGCUGUGAGCAAGUAGUGGCUGCUGUUAUGUCAACUUAGGGUGCUGAGAUAAGCAAUUAGCUACAGCCUUCUGCCUUAAGAAUGCACUCUCCUGGGGGUUUCUGGCUAGGUAAGAGCGCUGCUGUGGUUAGUGACCAAAAUCUUGAAUGACCUUAAUAUUUCUGUGAAAGCUCAGAUAAGUGGCGCACCCCUAAAUUGCUGGAUGACUAAGCUUUGGAUUUUCUCUCCCCUUUCACAUCAACUUUAUGUCUCGUUAGAUAAAACUGACUAGUUUUAUUUAUAAAAUGUUAAAUUCUAGGAGCCUAAAGGAGGAAUCAUUCCAGUAUGCUUAUUUCUUUUCUUUUCUCCUUUAGACUUAGACAUUUAUAUAACAUUGAAACACUUUGAGACUCCUGCUGGUAGUAAAAGGAGAUUUAAAAAUAAAAUCAUAGCCAUAAACGUGUUAGUAUCUUAUAAAGAGAGAACAGUUGUCUUAGUACUUACGGAUUGUCUUCAUUUGCUGUUUGAGUGAAUCAGCCUUAGUUGUGUUUGGAGAAUGAAGAAUAUUCUUUGGGAUGCCUCUCUGAAACCCACCAUGGAUGCUGAUUUUUUUCUUUAGUGCACCAAAGCUAUCACUGGGGUGAGAUGCACUAUUUGGAUAGAUGGAAACUCAUCCCUUCAAAAAUGUGCUCGUUACCAGGUUUCCCUGAGCUGUUGAUUGACUCUUGCUGGGCCAACACCGCUUCACCUCUGUAGUGUUUUUGUUUCUCUUAACAAUCAUGCAUUGCAUACAUGUGACAACUUCACAAUACAGUCUGUGUUCUUAGAAUACAGUGCCCUAAAAUGGUGUUCUUAGGACCUGCAGAAAAUUUAGACUUAUCUCUAAAUUUUAAUUCAUGAACAAUAAAAUGAUUAAAAUAUACCUUAAAUUUGAUAUCCUACAUUUAAAGUAUUAGGAUUUCUUUGACUUGCCAUCCAUACAGGCUUACAAAAACUAUUACAAUCUUUCCUUAGCCAAGUCAUGCAAUAAUUGAAUGUACCUCAAAUUUUUAAAGGGUGGGUGGGAUAGGGGCUUAUAUUUAGAUUAUGGAUAAUUAAAAAACUAAUAAUGACUUUUUAGGGCAAUGUAGCAUUCUAUAGUAGGGUUAAACUAUUACCACAAACAGUCAGCCUGGCUAAAUAACUUUUGAUCAGUUGAUGAUUGGUUGGUGUGUGUGUGUGUGUGUGUGUGUGUGUGUGUGUGUGUGUGUAUUCUCCCAUGAACUCUUUUUUAUCCUGUGGCUUUUUCACUUUCAACUAGCCUGACCCUGUAAUUUUUCUAUGUCCAAGAAAACAAUCACGAAACAGUAGUUUAAA